AUGGAUCCCAAGUUCUGCAGACGAUCUUUGCUAGCCAUCGUCCCGUUUCUGCUGCAGCUUCUUUUGCCGAUUUUCGCACUGGGCGCAGAACCAACGACACCAUAUUUUAUGCGAUGUCUGCGACGCCCGCUCCAAGUUGGCGACUCGUUCACGAUGAGAGGGAGUCUGAAGCCAAACGCUAAAUGGUUCACCUGCGACCUGGAGACGAGCUUCUGGAAUGGGGUCUACGCCCAUAUGCAGCAGCAUUUCAAUGAUUGGAACAGGAUUUGGUAUACGCAUAGUGGAAAGCCGGUUUGGGCUCCACCCACUUUCUACAAGGUGCCCAACUUCAGCCCGGGAUCGAGCUUUGAGAUGAAAGUAACUAUCAUCUCACCGACGACCAUCGAUAUCAAAUACGGCAAAACCUCGAAGUGGCCGGGCCAGACUUACACGCAAACGGGCACGCCGACCCCAAUGAGCUCGGCGCUGCGUCUGUCGUGCUACGGCGAUCUCCACAACGUUGAAUUGAGCGGCGACAACCUGCAUGGGAAGAUUAGCAGCAGCAACCAUGAUACCUGCAGUUUCGAAGCUGGCGACGGACGUGGCCGGCACUCACAUUUUCAUUCUUCGGAACAUUCGCAUAAGGAUGGCGACACAAAAUGGCCCUCAGAUGGGGAGAAAGGCAAUGGAAACAACAACGGCAAGAAUAAUGGAUCAGGGAAUUGGCAACCCGACACGCAAUACAGUGCCCAGCCCUUCGCCGUUGGCACCGAGUUCGAGCUGAAGGUCACAAUCCUGAGUGCAACGUCCAUAAAAACCGAAUACGGCAAAAAGUCGAUGUGGCCGGGGACCAUUUGGACGAUGAAGGGCGCGCCGACAUCUAUGGAUGCUGUAAAGAUUUUUGAGUGCUACGGUGACAUCUACAACGUGUCGUUCACCGGUGACGCGUUUGGCGGGAAAGUUUCUACAAACUAUCUGUCUGGUUGCCCAUCAUAUGAUUCGUACAAAGAAGCAGAUAGGCAUCACGAGAAUAACGGCCGUUAUAAGCAUUCUGAUCGUGCUUCUGACGAAAGCGUCUCCUCCGAACGGCCGGAUGACAAGGGAAAAAAAUCAACUGGAAAGAAACCGGCUAACUCCGACUCUGAAUCUGGAAAGUGCAAUGGAAAAGGGCUGACGAAGACUGUGAUUUUCGUCGUCUCACACGCCCAAGAUCCAGUGCCAACAGCGCCAAUUUUUCAACGAUGCCUGCGUCGACCGAUGCGUAUUGGUGAUACCUUCACCGCCCGUGGAAACCUGAUGCCAAAUUUGCAAAGAUGGACGUGCGAUCUGGAGACGCAAUUCGCGAAAAACGUCUUUGCCCAUAUGGAUCAUCGACUUUGGGGUGCACCACUGAUUGUGUAUACCCAGAGGCCAGGGCUUGGGGCCUUCCAACCCGAGAACACGUAUGGCGCCAAGCCCUUCCUGCCCGGAACCACGUUUGAACUGACCGUCACAAUCUUGAGCCCAACCAUGAUGAAAACUGACUACGGUAAGAAGGCGUUAUGGCCGGGGACAACCUGGACGAUGCAGGGCUCCCCGACGUCUAUGGAUGCGGUCAAGAUUUUUGAGUGCUACGGCGACAUCUACAACGUGUCGCUCACCGGAGAUGCGUUGGCUGGGAAAGUUUCGACAAACUACCUAUCUGGAUGCCCUCCAUAUGACUCCUACCAUGAUGACGACAAGCAUCGCGAUAAAACCCGAGGCCACCGACAUUCCGAUUGGGAUUCGGAUGAAAGCCACUCCUCCGAAUGGCCAAAAGACAAACGCAAAAACACCACUGCCAGGCUCCACUUUCCUCUAUUUUGCUUUUUAAAACGUUUCCCGGGCACCUCCAGGCCAUUGUCGGCGGCAUUU